AUGUCUGGAAAUAUUCCACGUUUAGAUAUAAUUCUUAAGAUCAAUCAAUCUAGAAAUGGUACCAAUAUUAAUAAUGAUAAUAAUGAUAAUAAUAGUGACAAUAAUAGUAGAGACAUGAAACAAAACUUCCGGAGUAUUCAACAUUCAGAUUUAGGCUAUGAUGUGCAGUAUAAAUUUGUCACAGAUUAUGGUGUUACAGCUUCUUUUGGGAAUCAACGGAAGCCAAGUUGCUUCUUCGAAUUUAAUCGUUCUCAAUCAAUAACAGGGAAUUUCUCAUCACCAAAUUAUCCUGGAUUAUAUCCAAUUGAUAUCAUUUGUGAAUAUCGAUUUUCUGGGCUAAACGUAAGAAGAAUCGAUAUUGCAUUCUUGGAAUUUGAUGUAGAAAGUAGUUCUAAAACUUGUACAGAUGAUACUAUGGGUGAUAAUGUUGAAAUUAGUAGUUGUUAUCCAACAGAAUUAUUCAGCACACCAAAACGUCGAUUAUGUCACAAACAAAGUCCAGUGGAUCCAUUCAGAAUUCAAUGGCGUCAACCGUGUUUAAACUUGAAAUUCUUCUCUAAUGGGAUGUAUGUGAGGACAGGAUUUUUCGGUGUUUAUGAAUUCCAUGAUUUCGGCAAGUUGUCGUUUAUAUUAUUAUUUGGUAUUUUAUUUAAUCUCAAAUAUGCUCAACUUGAAUAAUGCAUCAUUGAUCCUGUAGUGGUAUGAUAUUGUUGGUGAGGUUAUCGAUUGAAUAAACUAAGUUGAGUUCGUUCUUCGAAAGUGUGAUGUGCGGAAGUUUCUUCACCGAAGUAGUUUGUUGCGUUAGGUUCGUGGUGGGGAUCAACACUUUAUUGACCUCAUAUCUGAGUUCAGUUAGACCGUACGAUGAUUGUUAUCGAAAUAUACAUGCCAUCAACCAUCAUAUAUAAUUAUCGUUAGUGAGUAACGGAAUCAAAUAAACCAAAUACGAGGAUGAAUUUCUAUAAGUAUAUUUCAUACAAUCGUUUAUGUGAACAGACAAUCAGAAAGACCUAGUAAAGGAAGCGAAGCGCGACGAUACGAAGUGACGCGCACUGGAGAAUGCGAGUGACUUAACGUUUAUAUUCAGAGAAAAAU